UGAGCAUAUACAAUACGUCACUUCCGUAAACAAUGUUUGGCGGCUUGUAAUUUUAUUUCUGAUACAGGUGGAGCGUUUCUGCUGCAGGUUUUCAAUUUAACCUAAUAAGAUAUUUUAAUUGGAACUUCUAGGUGCUGACAUAAAAAAGCAUGGCACUAAGCGCUGACACCAUUAAGAAGUAUGUCACAUUGGACAAUAAAAUCCAUGAACUGGAACUUAAGAACUCGCGUAAGGCUUAUGAACAACUUGAAAAUCAUCUGAAAAAUCUCAAGGGGGAACAAACAACACAAAAGGCUCAGUUUGAGCUAAAGUCUAAAGCCACGGCGAAAGAGAAGAGUGAUGUCGAUAAUUUAUCCAAGACAAUGGAGCAGACAGUGCUGGACAAGGGAAAAGAUGGCUACGAAAAAGCCAUGAAUAAAGAGGAGGCAGAGUAUUUAGAGGCGUUGGCCUCACAGGACAUGGUUAAGAAGAAUCUGGACAAGACGGAACAAGCAAUUAAGGAAAUCGAGGCAAAAUUGCCAGCAGCAAAGGCUGAGGUAGAUGUCCUGGACAAGCUGUGUAAGGAGCAGGAGGAAGUACUGAAUUCCAUCUUCAAGGGUAGCUAUGGGAGUGCCCUAGAAAACAGACUAGAGGCAGACCUUGACAUGAUGCAGGAAAAGAAGCAGAGAAUCGACGUGGCUCGGUACAAAUGGACCAAUGGGAGGGUCUUACUACAGCAUGCUGUCAACCAACUGGCUGCAGCCACCACCUGCUGGUCGGAUCUGAAAAAAGUCCCGACGGGUGACAGCCAGAGAAGAUACCAUGAAGCGACAAAAGCUCGUAACAACUUGAUAGCAGCCAUCCAGAACAUACAAAGUACCCAGAAAUACCUCGACAAUAUCACCUUCCCGUACUGCGACCAAAAGGAGAUCGUGACACUGGAAAAGGCGAUGAAUAACAUGUACACCGACAUGAUGACUCCUGAUCGCUAUCAACACGCUGAAGCGUGUUAUACAACCACUCAAAAACGUUGUGCAGCACUGCUACAGUGGUUUGAUGCGGUUAUAAACACUACAAUAUUGAAGGACUUGAAUGACGCUAAUGCGAAAGCUGCCGAGGCUGAAAAACACCUGAGGGCUGAAAGGAUGAGACUGCUGAAGGUGUUGGCUGAUGAACAGAAUAUUGCAUUCGAUAUGGAUGAAGCAGCUAAUCAGAUGAGAGUCCAAAAGAAAGGUGAGGCCCAGGGUAUGCAGGAACCAGAUGUCAAACCGGCCGGUGAACUACAGCAGGAAAAUACUCCAUCCCCCCCAAUGAAGAAUAUUGCUGAUAAAAUGCCCUCACAAGAUGAAAUCUUUGGUAACAUGGAGGAGUUGAAAAAGGUACACGACCAAAGAAUCUCAGAGUACCAGAAAGUUGAAGAGAUGAACAAAGCACGUAUGGACCAGGGAUUACAGGAGAAGUUGGCAGAAAGAAGGCAGCGCAGAAUGAAGCAAACUGCCAGCUGAUUGGUUCAAGUUGAGGACAGACCUGCAGUUAAUGAGAUUGUUUUUACUGAUUGGUUAAAAUUCAUAACAGAUUCACAGUUAAUGAGAUAAAGUUGAUUACAAACUCGCAGUUAAUGAGAUCCGUUUUUAACCCUUAGAGUGCUACAUUAAAAUAACAUACGGUAACCAAUCAGUGCUGAAUUAAUUAGGAAAAUUUAAUUUUCACUGUAGUUUAAAUUUGAAUAGAACUUUAUAAGUCACAAUUUUAGUAAAAACAUUGCAAAAAUAAUACUUGUGUUAAUAUUAAAACAUAUUAAUACCAAUGAAAAUUGGUUAUUUGAUAUGUUUGAUUAAAUUUUAAUCAACACGACUAGCUGUUGACCAUAUAAAAUACCAUUUUAUAGAAUGUGCAACUAUAGUUGUGACUAGCAGUGGUGGCCACAGAUAUACAGCACAACUAUAGUUGUGACUAGCACUCAAAGGGCAGUGUCGCAUACUAAAAUAGGGAAUGAAUCUCACUUUAUGUAGUGGAACAGCCCUUUGUUAUAUAUCUUAGUAAGUUUUGAAUUUUGUAGGGAAACAUAUCCAGUGCUUACAAUACAUUUUCUUGUUAUAAAUAUUUAUAGAAAGGCCUAAAGAUAAUUUGAUUGAUUCAUAAUCAAAAUAUUUCGUUCAUGGUAGAUUUGACGAGGGACCAUAUUUAUACUUUAUUUUCUAUUUUAUUAACUGUUUAUAUACAUCUAGUAUGACCAAACUUAACAAUUUGUGCUCAAUUAAAAUAAUCGAAGUUUUCCAAAAGAAUUUCCUAUCAGGUACACUGAUUGACUGUUAUAGACUCUCAGUCUUCUGUGUAAGGAUCAAAGAGCAACGGACCUAAUGCAAUAUUUUAUCAUUAUGUGAUAACAUGACACGGUUUGUUUGUUUUAGUGCAGGGGACUAGAGAUAGGCUGUAGCCUACAAAUAGGGCAGCCAGUAUGAUAAGUGGUAAAUAUGAAACAGGUCAAGUGUCUAUUGUGCAGAGGCAAAAUGGCUUCAUGUCAAUUUGACCUGAAAAUUUUCGAACCUAAAAUUGACCUGAAUUUUUGGUAAAAUUCAGGUUCAGUUCAGGUCAAUUUCACAUAACAAAAGUUUAGGUUAAUUUCAGGUCAAAUAGAUUUGAACAUUUGACCUAAAUUUGACAUCAAAAACUUUUGCCUGUGUAGGUCUCUAUUACUAUAGAGGUCCACAGCAUGACCUAAAUUGUUCCGUCCAGGGUAUGAAAUAUUUGUUAUUAAAUGUGUUUUGAACAUAUUGGUCUUAAGCUAUUUUUAGAAUAUUUGGGAAAACAAUCUAUAUUUAGAUUGGUCUUUUUUACUUUUCUAUGUCUGUUUUUUCUUGUUAUUGUAUUUUAUAGAUUUUAACACUUUCACCACUGUAGACCAUAAUGGGCUCAUCCAGAUCAAUGUAUGGUAGAGUCUACUAAAAUUACCUAGAGGUGAAAGGGUUAACACUUGUUUAGAUAUGGUCAUAUUUCAAUGAUGACUUCGGACAACUUCUGUAUUUUAUCCACAGAGAAACACGAAAGAGUGGAAAUUAUAAUCGAUGUACAAUCAAGAAUUAUGCGCAAAUGUGUAGUGAAAUAAAAGAUACAUUUGUGUGUGUAAAUGUCUGUGUUUUCAUUAAUGAGUUCAGGUGUAGAGUGAUUUAUUGAAAUGUUAGAGAUUUUUAAAUGUCUUUCUACAAAACGUGCUGUUCUUUCCUUUCAGUAACUUAAACUUUAUUACAUUAAUAGUGUGGUUGAACUGACUCCGUUUUACGCCAUUUACCAGAUAGCCCAAAUAGUAUUGAAAGACUGUUUAGGUAAAUAAAGGGUUAUCUUUAUGUUCAAGUUUAAGCUGUUAAAACAUUGGUUAAUGUGUUAAAAUAUUUAACUCGUUCCCCCUUGAAGACACAUUUGAACUAUUUUAAUUGAAAGGUUGGAAUAGUUCAUUAUAAAAUUUCAGGGAUGAAUGAGUUGAUAUGAACAUGUUCAUUAAUCUUAUUCCCAAAACAAUUACGGUCAUAGUGUAAACAGGAAAACUGUUGCCCCCAUUUUCUUUCAGCAUUUAACAAACGGUCUAGAAUUCAACAUGAAGAAAUUUCCGAUCUACUAUUGUUAUCAGUUAUUGGGGAGUUGUAAAAUCAACUGCAUAAGAUUUGCCGGGUGGUUCAAACAAAUUAUGUAAAAAUAGUAGCUUGAUGUCUGUUUUGAUUUUGCCCCCGUUAUGUUGGGGUUUGGUUUGUACACAGAUGUAAUUCUGAAAUUGUAUAUUAUACAGUAGGUUUCUCUGACUAACAAAUAAUUUACAAUUUAAGUGUAAAACUAAUGUUAAAAUGCUUCGCAAUUUUUGUUUGGAUAUUUUUCAGAAACUAAGAAAUGUUAUAUUGAUGAGUUUGGUAUUUCUAGCGAUAUUGAAACAUUCAAAGUUCAUAAUAGCUAAAUCCAUUACAAUAUCCACGUUUUUCGAUCUGAUAUUUUGAAAUGUUAUAUUGAUGAGUUUGGUAUUUCUAGCGAUAUUCAAACCAUCACGAUAUAAGAUGGUGAUUAUGAAUGUGUAUUACAGCUUUGGUUAUACGCAAGCAAAAGGUGUUUUUCUCGAUCUGAUAUUUUGAUCAGCCAAAUCUUCGAAAUUAAACCAACCCGAAAACUAACUUGCAUUACAGUAUUUGUUGUUAUCUAUCUUAACUCGUAUCAUUAUGAGUAAAAUCUAGAUAAUACUAUGAACGUUCCGUCUUUGAUAUCGUACUCCUACUGUCACAAUCCAUAAACAGACUUACACUUUAUGCUCAAUAUUAAAUGUAUACACCAGAAAAGAUGUAUGUAUUUAAUUUGAUAAGAUUUUAUAAGGAUUUUUUUCUUUCUAUACAAUCAUAUAUGUAGUAUACAAAUUCAACUUCUAAACCAUAUUUCUACAUUGUUGUUAAUUCAAGAUAAAUAUUGUAUACAAUUUAUUGCUUAGUCUAUCCCGGAUAUAGUUGUAGAUUUGUUUUAGUGUAACUUUUUGAUUUUACAUGGAACAAAAGAUAAAAUGUGACUUCAUUAUUUAAAUGCAUUACACAUUUAGUUGACCACAUGUGUUACAAUGAUAAAGUUAAUGCCUUGUCAACCUAUGAAGGGCCAUUUGCGCUUUAAACGCAAUGAUUGGAAACUUUGAUCACUUGCAGAACCUUCCAAAACUCGAAAAGGUGCCGUAAUAGUCCUUAUUAGGUCUGAUUAGACAUUCGUUAGGUGUGUACUGUCUAGAACUAGGGUUUGUUUUCUGUAGACCCUUCAGUUAGACGUGUUAUGUUAGCAUGUAAUUCUCCCUCGAGGAAUACCGAAGGUAAACAGCAUUACCUAGGACCCAAAAUGUCACCAAAGUCUUACUUUCUCCAUGUGCUGGAACACUUCAGAUUUCUGACUGUAAUAUUCAUUCAUAAUUUUUGCUCGGUUUUUUUUAUUCUUUUUUAAUUUUGACUAAAAUGAAGGGUGGAUAGUUUGAUUAGGCAUAAAGUACUGAACGUUCCUUGUUUUGGUUCUUCUUUUACAUUGUAACAGUUUUUGUAUAAAUCAUUUGUGUAUAAUAACAUCCCUCAAGCAUUAUUAGUAAAUUGAUGUAGAUCACU